CGACAGCAGCAGCAGCCCGUUAGAGCUCCCUGCAGCGCCGUCGGUCCUGUGACGCUCAUCGUCUCCAGACGGCUAACUAUAGCUCGGGUCGGGCCCGGUAGGGUUUGGACUUGUUCGCUACCGUCCCCACUUGUGCAGUAAACAUUAUGGCGGCCGCGGAUCCCCGGUCCUCGAGUGACGGCGGGCCGGCCACCAGAGAAGGAUUCCCGGCCGGGGACAGCAGCAAUGACCGCGGUGGACCGGGCGGCAGCGGCGGCGCCGGGGAGGGCGAGCGGGACCGAGCCACCUUCGAGUGCAACAUUUGUUUGGACACUGCCAGGGACGCGGUCAUCAGCAUGUGCGGCCACUUGUUCUGCUGGCCCUGUCUUCAUCAAUGGUUGGAGACGCGGCCCAGCAGGCAGCAGUGUCCUGUAUGUAAAGCGGGCAUCAGCAGGGAGAAAGUCAUCCCCCUGUACGGCCGAGGGAGCUCCAGCCAAGAGGACCCCAGGUUGAAAACUCCACCUCGGCCUCCGGGACAGAGAACGGAGCCAGAGGGUCGAGGAGGGAUGUUUCAGGGUUUUGGGGACGCCGGCUUUCACAUGUCUUUCGGCAUCGGUGCGUUCCCCUUCGGCUUCUUCACCACAGUCUUUAACGCUAACGACCCCUUUCAAAGAGCAGACCAGUAUGCAGGCGAUCACCAAGGCAACAGUAACCAUAACAAUGGAAAUAACAACUGGCAAGACUCGCUCUUCCUGUUCGUGGCCAUCUUCUUCUUCUUCUGGCUCCUGAGCGUGUGAUGCAGACCCGGCGGGAGGGAUGGACGGGUCCAUCGAGGAGCGCAGAUAAAGUCAAUUUGAAACUCCCUCACACACAGACACACACACAUUUGAAAUUUCCUAGCAGGUACUAACUUGGGAGAGAUCAUAGGACUUAGGCCCCACCCACCCACCCGCUUUGUUUUGUUAGAUAUGCAAGAAACAUUCGAAAGUAGUGGUGCAUAAAUCCCCAAUGAUGUCUUUUGGGCACCUGUAGAUAUGUGCACAGAAAAUUAACUUUUGGGUUUCAGAGACAGUAUUAGGGGGGUGAUUUUAUUUUUUUAAAUGCAGGUGUAUGAUAAGUUUUCCCAAAUUGCUCUUGACGGUCCUUCAAUAGAUGAGUUUGAAACAGGGAAGAAAGGGAGGGGUAUGGGAACGUACUUGUUGCUAUAGCAACUAAACCUUGCCCCCAAAGGCCAAAGAGAGUACUCCCGGGAUUAGUUACUUGGACAGACCGAACUAGAUCAGGUGGAUGCAUUGUUUUUUUUCUACAUCUACAUGUCUUAAAACCUGCCAUUGCACUGUGAAGUCUUUCGUAGACAGCUGUCCUAAAGAUCGCAGCGCCUGCUGGUGUGUAACCACUUGUCUUUCCUCAAUGACUAACCACAGAGCGGUACAAAGGUGGACCGGUAAAGGCCCGUUGGGGAGAUUUUUGCAUCAACAUGAGCAACUUGAGAGCAAAAUGCAAUCUGAGGCACAGAUUGUUCAGGAAAAGAAAGAGAGAAGUUCUGGCAAAUGAAGUAGCUCGAUGGAACUCUCCAUGACGGCAGAGUGAGACCAGUGAGCCGCAUCCUUCCACUUAGUCAUGAGGUGAAGAGGUCAGCACACCGAGAAUUUACAGGAAUGAACUUUGUCACAGUUGGGUUUGUUUUGAUUGUAAACAUAUUUGUACAUAUGAAUAUUGUAAAAGCUGUUUUAAGUGUUUUCUGAGUGGGUGACAGAGGACAAUGAAUCAAUGGGCUUCAAGAUGCUUUUGUAAAACUAAUUUCUUCCUGACUCGAAAGGCUUUCAGCCCCAAACAACUUUAAUUGAAAUGUUAGGAUUGCAAAGCUAUGAUUUCAUGAGAAAGUGUCCGUCUUCUAGCUGACAAAGUAAAUGCCGACGUGUCUCAAUGUGUGAACUAAAGUGAUUCAUAUUUAUGUCAACAUCAGAGAACUAAACAUCAAGUGUUUCAUUCCAUGCCUCUGGAUAUGUUCUAUUUUUUUAUAGUAAGACUCCCAAAAACCUGAACACCUUGCUGUGUAUAAUUAGUUGAAGGAUGACGCACACGGACAGGGUGGCUGCUGGAGUGUCACUUAUUGUAUACUGGUACACUUUGUAUUAUAAAUCUUACACUGAAUCAAGAAGUCACCAUUUAACUGACUAAAUCUGAAGCUUUUGUGCAACACUAUGAUUUAGGAAAUUAAAACUUCAUGUAAACAUUG